GCUACGCGGGCCGGGCCGCCGAGGUGCUGAGAGAGGCGCUCGACGACGUGGGCCGCCGCGACGUGCGCGAGGCGCUGGCCGGGCAGGAAAAGGCGGGAGCAGCGGCAGCGCCAGCUGCUGUAUUGAGAACUGGUGAACAACAAACCAGGAAUCAGACAAGUGAUACAAGUUUUAAAGGAAGAACUGAGCAAAGUGACUAUGACGAAUUGGAUACGUAUGACAUGAGCAAAACCCGUGUGGCAUUUCUGAUGUGUGUGACAACAGGCAGGCGCGGUGCAGAAAAGGAUAUUGAAGUAAUGAAUAAGUGGUUUGACAAGUACCGGUUUGAAACACCUUCUGGACAGUGCAUAGAUCCUAAGGGGACGGAAAUAUUGCCAGCAUUGGAAGAGUUCCGGGAUCAAAUCAAUCAAUCUGAGGAUGAAAUUAGCUGCUGCCUCAUUACUCUUAUGAGUCAUGGGAGGAGUCACGGCCUCAUUCAGGGGAAAGAUCGUGACACAGUUGAUCUUGAUGAUAUAUUUGCGUUAUUCAACAAUAUACAAUGCCCAAAGCUCCAAGAAAAACCUAAAAUCUUCAUCAUUCAGGCAUGCAGAGGAGGAAAAGAAGACCAUGGAGUUGAAGAAAUAGAGCAUGAAUUCAAGGAAGCUGAUUGUACUUGUAACUUGAUAGCUGUCAGGAGGCUGCCAACAGCUAGUGAUUACUAUGUCGUGUAUUCCACUCAAAAGGGUUAUGUUUCUUUGCGUAACACGGAAAAAGGCUCUAGGAUGAUUGAAGCAAUGGAUGAGGUCUUUUCAGAGCAAGGCAUGAAGUGGCAUAUAGGGGAUUUGUUUACUAAAAUCAAUAAAAACCUGGUGCAUGAAACCUUUAGUAUCCAUGGAUGCCCUGUGAAAGAGACAAUAGUCGUGGAAUCAACUCUGACCAAAGCUGUGUACUUUGCACCUUAA